UUGAUGAUGUUGCCGCAGCACUGAUGAUGCUCUGGAGGGAGAGAGCUGACAGACACCCUAAACUCACAAGCGUGUGUCUGAUUCGCUCGUCUUGCUCUCUCACAGCAGGGUUGAUACCCUCUACGGCCGCUCUGCUGCUUGGAAGGAAGUUAUAAGCGUUGCUAUUUUCAGUGUGUGAACGAGCAGAGCUCAGACGGACAGAUAGCGGCAGCUCCUCCAGAUUCAUUGAUGUUUGGGGAAAACAAGGGAUUUACGGGGAUUUGAGCGGAGCUAGAUAUGAGAGAAUGAAUAUGAUUCCCAGGUAAAUAGCAGCAGUGCUAGAGGAGCAUAUUUAUGGAAUAACUCAAGACUUUGUCUUUGAAUGCGGACACACGCAAAGGGCACAAUGGCAAGUUUCGGAAAACUUACGGAUUACUUUAACCGUCGGCGUUCCAGAGAUGAGCUCAUGGCUCGGAGAGAUGCUCGCCGCAGUGGCAGUUACUGCUGCACGGUUGCUGAGGCCAGGUCGCUGGAGCGACGGCUACAGAGGCCUAUUCUGGCCAAAUCUAGAACAUUACCCAGCAUUCCUCAGUCUCCCGCCUCCAUCCGUGGUCAGCAGCCCGGGAACGUCUGCGUACAGCGACAGCGCUCGCUACUUUCGUCCAGCCCCGGUCCUACUGAAGCAUGCACGCUGCCGUCCGCAGGUGAGAUGUGGAGUCUAGAGGAUGAAAACGAGGGGGGCGUCGCCACGGGAGCCGUUGAUCUCCGCCCGCGAUCUCAGUCACCGUUUUCACAUUUUCGCCGUCGGGCGGCAUAUCUAAGAAAGAGCAUGUCUGCCGAUGACCAUCUGGGUGAUUCUGAAUCUGAGCCCACCCAACCUGAGGGGCGAAACUUAGCGGACCCAAAAGUUAAACUGAAGAGGAAGUUCAGUCUGGGCUCUAUAGACCGGAAAGCAGCCCGUCAGAGAAGAGGCGAGUCUGGAAUCGUGAAGUUAACCCAGCGUCUCUCUUUGAAGGACAAACACUGUAAGGACGACAGGAGCCUGCAGUCCAGACCUCCGGCCUACAGGAGGCGUUCUCUCAGCGUGGACUGGGCCGAAUCCAAAAUGACUCAACAGAUUCCAGACCCUCAUCCUCUGAUUCCCCGCAAGUAUUCCAGCUCGUCAUGUUCGUCUCCUCCGAACGCGGCGCGACGCCUUUACAGAAACCUCUCUGGAAAGUUUCGCACUGCAAACCUGGCUCUGGACGAUCCUGUGCUCCCGGGCCAGUCGGACAAAGACCAUCCACACAAAACCACCAUGUUUCAGGGUAAUGAAGCUCUGUUUGAAGCUGUGGAACAUCAGGAGCUGGGUGUGGUGGAGUCUCUCUUGAGCACCUUCAGUCUGGAAGAGCUGGACCUCAACACACCGAACAGUGAAGGUCUGCUGCCUCUUGAUAUUGCCAUCAUGACCAACAACGUCCCUAUGGCCAAACUUUUGCUGCGAGCCGGGGCCAAAGAGAGCCCCCACUUUUUAAGUCUUGAAGGCCGAGCAUCUCACCUGGCCUCGCUGGUGCAAGAGGCGGAGCACCGUAUCGCUGAGCUGGCCACCCAGGUAACAGGAGAGGAACCUGAGGAGAGGGAGGAGUCAAACAGAGAGCGACAGCUAAAGACCUGGGAAUGGAAGCUCCGCCUUUACAAACGCAUGCAGACGGGAUACACGCAUGCCAGUCCUCCUGAACCACCAAGCGAUGUCCAUCUGUCUGUCAGCAGUAGCACCAGUCUCAGAGUUUAUUUUCAAGAGCCGCUUUGUCACAACUCUGCUGUUAUAACCAAAUAUCGUGUGGGUUGGAGCAGCGUUCCUUCUUUUAGCCCGUUGCUGGGUGAGAUGGUCAUCGAAGAUGUGACUCAACUUCAGUAUGACAUCACUGAACUCACAGUGGGCACCUGUUAUUAUGUUCAGGUAUCAGCAUACAACAUGAAGGGAUGGAGUUUACCUCAAAUAUCCGAACCAGCUUGUGCGAUACCAUCAAGUUGGAGGGAGGUAGAUGGGCUCUUACCCCGUCAGCAGGGACUGAAAGAAGCAUUAGAGCAACUUCUCUGCCAAAUUAAAGGAGCACAUCGCCACUGCGCGUGCCACGAGCAGAGCAAAGCCGCGUCAAACAUCAGGAAACAUUCAGUGUCUAAAAGCCUGAGGCAUCUUUUCCAGCCCACCAGCAAAUUUGUCAAAAAUCUGAAAAGGGGUUUGUAUCUGGCCUGCAUUUUCUACAAAGAUGAAAAUGUUUUGGUAACACCGGAGGAUCAGUUACCUGUGGUGGAGGUAGACGAUUCCUACAGCUGCCAUGUGCAGGACUUUCUGUGGUUCACAAAGGUGUCUCACCUGUGGGAGGAUCUCACGUGGAUGCAGCAGUGCAUCAGUCCUGCACAAGCAUCCAGUUCAUGCACGCUACAGACUCGACUCAAAAUGAUUCAGGCCGCUGCUCAGCUACAGGCGCUCCUCGGGACGGUGGAUCUGGGUCAGGUGUACUUUGAGCCGAUCAAAGACAAACACGGUAACGCUGUACUGGUGCUGAUGAGAGACGUAGGAGCGAGCGUACCGCCUGAAGGUGUGCGAUGGAUUGCCGUCAGUAAAUUUCAGCUGCAGCGCCGAUCUUCCUCUUCUUCAGACGAGCCCACGGCUCUGGAGACGCUACUGACCACACUGCAUGAGAAACUCUCAUAUCACAGACGUAGUAGGAAAUGUCUGAGGCCGGGUUUGUAUCUGGGUUACCUGAAGCUCUACACCUCAGUGGAUCAGAUCAGAGUGCUCGUGUCACACAAACACCCCAACGUUCUGUGUCACGUCAAAAUACGAGACAACGGUCACGUCUCCAGGGAGGAGUGGGAGUGGCUUCAGUCGUUGAGUUCUCUGGAGGGCAGCGCGCAGAUGUGUGACGACCCCCAAAGCGCUCCACAUCGCCUCCUGAUGGAGCUCAGAACUGCUGCAAAAGAUUUGCUCAGCUCUAUCAACAUCCCUAACAACCAGGCACAAGAUUUCCGAGUCCAUGUAAAGGAGGUGGUUGAGUUGGGGGAGGGCGUGUCCUUCCUGUUGCUCCUCCCCCCAUGCGAGGAGGUGUGCUCACCUCCCGGACAAAACCAUCUGAGCUCGCUACGGUCUGGGUUUUUUACUCUGCCUCUGCAGAUCUUUGAGUUGGUUCAUUUUGAAGCAUACUGCCCUAGUUUCAUCGCUCUGUAUUGUCGUGUCUCGGCUCUGUUGGGUCUGGAGUCCCUGAUGUCCCAGCAGUCUUUGCGCGAGGCGUUUUCAGAGUCCGAGCUUCUUGCUGCUAAGCAGAAACAUCAGCAGGUUGAAGAGUAUUUGCAGCACAUGGAUGACUUGUGGCGUGAUGCCCGCUGGAUGGCUGUCCUACAGUCUGCACGAUAUAAGCAUCAGAACUCGGGUGCGAGUCUCGGCUGGAUUAUAGACUUCUCCAAAGAGCCUAUUCCAGAGAAAUCACCUUCCACCUCCUCCCAGGCUGGAUAUCUGCCAUCACCUGCUCCUUCACCAGACUCUAGCCGCAAACACAACGAUUCUCACGGUUUGUCUGAUGAGGACACGUCAGAGGUUUUCUUCGCUGCUGAGAGCGAGUUUAACUCCGGCGUUCCCCAAAGUACCAGAGAACUGGAUUUGCUUCCUUCUUCCCCAUCCAGCUUCCGCUCUUCGCCAUCUACGCACCCUUCCUCCUCCUCUUCACCACGCUCCUCUCUGAGCCAGCCGGACGUUUUGCGCAUCGGAGGAGGAAGCGUACCUGGAGUGAGCAAACGGGAACAUCUGGCAACGAACUCGUACGACAGCGACUUUAUUCUUCCCAGCCGUCAGAUCGAGCUCCUCAGGGUCACCGAGAAAAGAACCGCGCUCUGCGUCCGCACUAGCAGCUUAGAAUAUCCGCCUCCCGUCUCCUCGCCAAACACGUCCCCCAGCUUCUCUUCACACAAAAACUGGACACGCCCCUCAUCCUUUGAUCUCUGCUUGUCUGGCCACGAGCCUCGUCCCGUACCCGUGCGCACCCUAUCGGAGGACAGCGGAGUCCAGAGACUCUCUUCUCACUCGGCCGGGUCUGGGUCUCCUCUCAGACUUUGCCACACCACUCUGAGAGUUUAUCCACAAUACCGCACCGGCUUACCCAAAGACACCAGUGUGAAAUUGCGUGUGACUACAGAGACCUCGGCGAAAGAGAUGGUUCGGUUAGUGGUCCAGGAGAUCAACACCGUCUGCCGUCACCUGCAGAAAGCCGCCCAUCAGUGCACCGAACCGUGCAGUUAUCCGGCCUGCGUGUCCGAGGUUUGUGUCUACGGAGUGGAACAGCUGGAACACUUCGGUCUGGUUCUGCUGGUGGAUGGGAGGGAAAAAUGGCUUCAGGAUGACUUCUGUCCGCUCUCGCUUCAGAACCCGUGGACGCGCGGGAAACUCUGCGUGCGUUUUAAAGAGUACUCGCCGCUCGCGCUGCAAUUCAGCAGAGCUACACCUGUCUGAAGCACAAACGCACACAAAACAACACUGGAUUGUGCGCCGACUACUGACGUUUUGCAGUUUUCCACAUGGUUCGUAUCUUAAGAUUUGUGAUUGGUUUACUGGAACGGAUGCACGAUACGAACCUUUCAACUGCACUGGAUGUUAAUCUGCAUUUUAUAUUUUCAGCUGCUAUGACAGUGGCUUGUGCUCAUUUUCGAGUGGUAAUUGAACGCUAAUAAGUAUUAAAGUCAAGAUGCGAUCAAAAUGACAACGUUUACUUGCUUAAUGCACGGUCUGUGCAUGAAGAGCUUUUCGGCUGACAUCACCAAGCUGUCUGGUCAGCCCCUUCACCAUCCCGUCAGUUCUCCAUGGAUACGAUUUUACCGGUUGAACUGGGAGAAAUACGUCACAUUAUGGAAGUAAUAAGGUGAACGUUGUUUCAUGUUGACAUGAUCAGCGUAAUGACAUCUCUAUCUCUCUUUUAUAAACACUUCACAGUUCAUUUCUUGUACCGGCAGGUGUACAUUCAGCAGUGUCUGAAGCUCUUCCAUUAGUAUUCAAAUGUGAAAUGUUUACAGACUGAUCGUGGUGGUUCGAUAUCACCAAACGUCUUCAUUCGUUGGUCUGCAGUUCUGCAGUUUAUAUUCUUCACCCUCAGGAUGUUGUUGCUAUUAUCAUACGGUCACGUCCUGAGAGAGAUGCAGACUGAAAAUGUCAAUAUACUCUCGCACUGACCGAAGUGAAAUGAGACAGAUCAUACACCACUCUCAAUAUACAACUUGGCAUACUUGUGUGCCACAACCAAAAUACAAUGGAUUACCUAUCGUACAUUUGAGAAAUGCACUUAAUAAAAGAUACAAGAAAUCAGAAGCUAUAUCCAAAUGUUACGAACGAUAAAGCUUAUGCAAGAUGAUCUGCUGGAUUGGACCGCUGUUGCAUAGCCUCACAGACGAUUUCUUCCUGUUUCUUUGUGUUUGUUUGGGUAGCGAGGUGAGAAGAGGUCGUUUCAUCUGCUUACCCUGCGGUGGAGUUUAUUAUCGAUAUCGUGCUGACUGUCUGUAUUUGAUGCACACUGAUGUAAAGUUUUCUCGGUGCAAUAAUAUUUUACACUGUAGCUCGGAAGCGGAUCUCUCUUCCAAAUACACUCGGACAAACGUCACUCUCAUUCAUGGAAAUGUAACAAUACACACUGAAAAACUGAUACACAAGCAGUGUGUCUAAAUGUUGUGUACUUUCACAAGUGUGUGUGUGUGUGUGUGUGUGUGUGUGUGUGUGUGUGUCUGUGUGUGUGUGUGUGUGUGUGUACAUGGUUGUAGCAUGAGGUCAGUCUUAUGGCUGUCCAUUUGAUGAAAGCAUAGUUUUGAGCAGCUGAGUGUGUGCGUGUGUGUAGUUGUUUACUAUGUGUAUCAUCAUGAUUUACAGCUUCAGUAGAUUCUCAUUCAGAUUCUUUUCUCUGCAGUUUAAUGCGUCUGAUCGUUGCUGAAAUGUUUUCUUGGUGCGAGACGAGCAAAUGCUGGAAUUGAUCACAAAAUUGCAGGUAUUCAACAGCAUCAGCAAUAUUUAACCACCCUCCAGUUCAGCUAUAUAAAACAGUAUUAGAUUAUUUCCCAAACUGUGAGAUUAUACAGACAAUCCACUUUCAGAAAAUGAAUGUAUAUAUGUAUGUGUAUAUAUGUAUAGCUGCAGAAUAAAUAAAGAGACCUCUCCAGUUAUGUUUUUAAUUAGUGAUGCACCGAUGUAUCGGCCGCCGAUAUUUAUCGGCCGAUUUUUGUUGAAUUUGAAACCAUUGGCAUAUCGGCAAUAGCACGAGAAAGGCCGAUACCGAUUGUUUAUUGUUUAUUAAUUUACAGCAUAAAGAAAUCCAUUAUAUGUAAAAAAAAUGAGUUAAUGUUGUUAAUAAAAUAAAUGCUAAAUAGCAAAAACCACCUUUGAAGGUUGUCAUGCUGUCUUCUUAUAUUUGUUUAAGUUUAAUUUGUGCCUCUCUUAUUAUGUUGGUCAGUUGAAUGUUAAUUAGAUCCAAUUCAUGUUCAGUAAAAAUAAUUUGAUGCAGAAAUAAACUAGCUAAUAGACCAACUGUAUAGUAUUGUAUACAAGUGUUUAAUAUCGGUAUCGGCCAGAAGUUGUCUGUUUAAAUCGGUAUCGGCCAAAAAAAAAAAAUCAGUGCAUCCCUACUUUUAAUCAUCAUUUCUACAUGUAUUGUGCGCUUUUUAGUCCAAUGUCUGUCGAAAUUCAACAAAAGCAAACCUCACGAGUUACAGUAAAGUUACCCAACAGCAAUGUAAAAGACACAAUGUGAUAAAAUCAGGGUUAUGUGAACCUGGACCACAAACCAUAAGGGUAAUUUUUUUUUAAUUGAGAUUCAUGAAAUUGAGCUAAAUAAAUAUGUUUUCUGUUGAUGUGUGGUUUAUUAGGAUAGGCAAUAUUUGUCUAAGAUAAAACUUUUUAAAAAUCUUCAAUCUGGGGGUUCAAAAAAUCUAAAUAUUGAGAAAAUUGCCUUUAAAUUUAUCCAAAUAAAGUCCUUAGCAAUACAUAUUACAAAUAAUAUACAUUUUUAAUAUAGUUUUGGUAGUAAAUUUACAAAAUAUGUUUUUGAUCUUUCAUUAUCAUAAUGUAAUUUAUAAUAUCAUAAUGAUUUUUAGCAUAAAAGCAAUAAUUUUCACCCAUACAAUCUAUUGUUGGUUAUUGAUACAAAUAUAUCCGUGCAACUUGUGAUUGGUUUUGUGGUGCAGGGUCACUUUUUUAUUUUUGAAUGUUUCUAAAAUACAUUGUGUUGUUUAAAAAUAAAUAAAAAUAUUAUUUUUAUCAUGAAUUUGGCAGAAAUGGUGUCGGUAGAAGACAGAGUAAAACAGAAAUAUUUUACUUAAACACCUUUAAAUAAUAAAUGUAAAAAAACUAAAAUAAUCUUGAAGUGGUCUCUUAAUUUUUCUGCGGCUCUAUAUAGAUCGUAGCUGAAUCUGUUUACUGCAAAUUUCAAGAAAAAAGAUUUCAGCAAGAUGUCACCGCUUUACCAGAGAUUCAUUUCUGUGGAUGAAAUAAAAAAUAAGACGAAUAUUUUUUUUAAACAAUCUGAAUUAAAUUUUUUUUUAUUAAGUGCAGUUUUCUAUUACAAAAUAAAUGUCUGGCCACACUUACAUAUUGACCACAAAACAUAAUUAAUAUAUACUUAAUCUGAAAGCUGAAUAGAUAAGCUUUCCAUUGAUGUUUGGUUUGUUAGGAUAUGACGAUAUGGUCGAUAUACAACUAUUUGAAAAUCUGGAAUUUUAUUGUGCAAAAAAAUCUAAAUAUUGAGAAAAUUGCUUUUAAAGUUGUCCAAGUGAACUGCAUUAACUAAAGUUUUGAUAUAUUUAUCGUAGUAAAUUAAAAAAAAUAUCUCUAUGUAACAUGAUUUAGUAUCUUAGAUUUUUUUCCCAUGAAAGAAAAAUGAAUAAUUUUGACCCGUACCUGUGUACCUGUGUGACAUAUGUGGUCCAGGAUCACAUAUAUGAAUGUCUUUCCAUUAUAACAAAAUAUUGUAAUAGCCGAAUGAUGCCAGAGCAUAUGUCAGUAUUGACUUAAACUAUUUUAUGACCCAUCCUUUGGUUUAUUUUUCAGUAGUUGUAUAAAGUCAGUUUCCCGUCAGGUUCUUACAGGUGUACUUCAGAUACACUUCAGCCCAAUAACUAUCUAUUAACAUUUGACAAACACAGCAAGUGUUGUAAUACCUUGUUUUAAUACUACAGUAUACCUAAAGUAAGUUUUAUGAUUAUUUUAAAAGUAACAAAGCCAUGUUUUGUGAUAUGUUUUGCUUGAGAAGUGUGCUCGUACUGUCUUUUUAAAUAAAUGCCACUUGUUUUUGUUA